AUGGAUCAGCAGUCACCCUUGGGCAAUCUCACGCCUGCUCAAAGAACACAAAUAAUGGAGCAAAUGAAGGCUGAAGUAGCGAUAGCCAGUGCUCGUGAUCUCAUGGAUCAAUUGACGAACAAAUGUUUUGAGAAGUGCAUAACAAGGCCUGGUACUUCUCUUGAUAACUCAGAGCAGAAAUGCCUUUCAAACUGUAUGGAUCGUUACAUGGAUUCAAUGAACUUUGUCUCUAAAGUUUUCCUUGCUCGUCUGCGACAGGAAUCUAGCAGCAUCCAAGGUUUCAACUAA